AGCUUUCAAGGUUGUCACAGCAGUUUCACUCAUCACAAAUCGCGCGGGAACAACUGACGAUGCGGCUUCUAAAUGCGCACACAUUCGAGUUUGAGGAGUUCCUUGGACAAGUAGGCAAUGGUAUACCGCCUUACACGAUACUCUCCCACACCUGGGGCACGGAUGAGGUGACUUUCAAGGACCACACUGAGAGGGGACGGGACAGCACCCACAAGAAGGGUUACGACAAAAUCCGUGGCUGUUGCCGCCUGGCAGUGGCUGAGGGUUUUCAAUACGUCUGGAUCGACACUUGCUGCAUAGACAAGUCCUCCAGUGCCGAGCUAUCUGAAGCUAUCAACUCUAUGUUCCGGUGGUACCGCGAUGCUGCUAUUUGCUACGCCUAUCUGGGAGAUGUGAGCGGCUCCGAGGACCAGUCUGAAUUCGGUGACGGCGAUAAUCAACCCGAUGUCGGUUCGUCUUUCGCCCGCAGCCGCUGGUUCACGCGCGGCUGGACGCUGCAGGAACUCCUCGCGCCUUCCGAGGUCGUAUUUCUCGCAGCAGACUGGUCAGAGAUUGGUACCAAGAAAUCGUUGCGGGGUGCCGUCUCGCACAUCACUGGUAUCAGUGAGAAAGUACUCCACGAGUGUCUCUGGGACGAAUACAGUGUUGCGCAAAAGAUGUCUUGGGCAGCUUCUCGACAAACCACGCGGUUGGAGGACGAGGCCUACUGCCUCAUGGGCUUGUUCGAUGUCAAUAUGCCUCUGCUGUACGGUGAAGGGCGCAAAGCGUUUUCACGCCUACAACAGGCUAUCAUGCAAAGGACCGAGGACCAUUCCAUAUUUGCAUGGUCGUUCCCCGAUGACGAGCAUUCGCACACCUUGAUGUCCGGCAUGAUGGCUCCUUCACCACAAUAUUUCAAGAAUUCCUCACAGAUCGAGGUCCUGAAUGGAAGCCAAGACUAUCAGGGUCCAUUUGAGGUAGUCAAUCAGCUCCUGAGGCUAAGGCUGCGACCGUUGGAUGAUAUCCAGGGAAUAAUGAUACAGACAUACGACUCGAAUCCGCGCCUGCAUAGCGUGGUUGAAGUUCAACAAGGCAGCAAACGACCGCAGGUGACUCCACAAGAUACAAGGAUGUCUACGCCCCCAGCACGAGAUCAUCCUCCAUUGGUGCAAGGAGCAGACCGAAUCCCGAGCUUCUCUGGGCUAUCCUUCGAGGAUGGCCAAAUCAUUGAGAUCAACGUCGACGGAAUCAGUCCUCAUUGCUCUACGGAUGACGAUCGUGAUGGUGACUCUCAAGCUGGGGAUGAGACCGUGAAUCUGACGCCACUUGGUCAGCCCGCUUGGCGAUGGUACAUCUAUGAGACAGUUGCCAUCUUGCCUCUCAGAUGCCGAGUGGGUCAAAGUGAGCUGGGAAUCUUGCUGUCUAAAGGCCCGGCGCAUAAUAUGGGUACUGUGGUGAAUCUACGGCUUCACAAUCCAUCUAUCGUCGUGAUAGACAAAAUCAGGGGAAAGCUGGAGGCUGCUGCUGUGCAAACGAUGUAUGCUGCCGUCUCAGAGUCCCCAGGGGUUAGAUUGCACGAUGCAUUGAUUGACCUCUCCUGGCCUGAGAUACGUUACCAUUCCUUAAAGAUGGCGGGAUAUCGUGCUGUGACAGAGGCAGGCCCGGCCUGGGUAGUGGAGCCAGAAAAGGACCUGGUCAGGUCUUUACACCCACAAGCUAUCGCGCACGGACAAGCUGAUUACUUAUAUGCGCCUGUCGUUUUAUUCUAUCACCAAUCCGGCAAAGACUCAUCCUAUCCGACAAUAUUCCUGAGGCUUAUGGUUGACAGGGGCAACGACUUGAAUAAACUGCCCAACGCACCAAAAACGGAAUCUCUUAUAAUGUGUGAUUUGGGUAUCUAUAACCCCGCAAGCGCACGAUCGACAGCGUCAAUGGUGGAGGACUUUCGUAUCUAUAGCGCCAAUCUCCUGCAGCAGAGAGCGAUAGAGGUCGCAUCCGGGCAUAAUGGCCACUCAGUUGCUGUUAGACUCAGGCAGGGGCAUGGGAUUUUCUUUGUGAGCGUGUCUUUUCAGAAGGCACAUCACGGGAGAUUUCAAGCACCAGAAGAUAUCUCUGACACCCCUGAGAUCAGGAUUCUUAAGACUCAGCUGUUUUCGAAGCUAAGAUCCGCUCGCGGUUCGUUUAUCGAGCUAUAGAUGCUAUGCUAUACUCAAUUUACGAGUUAUGAUACAUCAUGAAAUAG